AUGGAAAUAAUCCAGCUGAAGUCGCGGGACGGUAAACUAAUUUCUGUGAACCGUAGCAUACUGAGCCGUUCGGUUGUUUUGCAAAGAAAGCUGGAGGAACUGAACGCUGCUGCUGACAAUGGAAACACGCUGGAUGUUCCGGAAGCCGACGGUGAAUGUCUGCGUAAGAUAAUCCAGUGGAUGGAACGUCCAGCCGGUACGUCCGAGGGGAUCGAAAAUGGCAGUGUGGAGUUGAUGAUACCCAACAACCAGGAGCAAAAUCUCGUUCCGUCCGCAGGCAACACUCUGGAGAGUGACGGGUUCGAUAAGGAAAUGUUCGGCAGUUUCCCACAACUUUGUGUGCUGAUGGCGGCAGCUAACCGAUUGCAGCUGCAGGACCUUAAAGAUGCUGCCGUACGCUUUGUCGUCGAAUGGAAGCAGGGUAAAAACCUGGAAGAUCUACGCGAGAUGAUGGAAAAUGGGGCGAGUCAUGUGCGUGGACCGCAGCAAUCCGGCGGCGGUAGCGGAAUGCAGCAUUGA